AUGACCACGGCAGCGAUAUAUAUGGGCAGUGUGUUCCGCAGACACGGGUCAACGAUCGCAGUAGACAAGUUAUACUCAAGACAUGCGGCCAGAGAACGUGGGGCAUACCUGCACAACGAAAAACCUACCCCAAAACAGCAAGACUCUGUGCCCCGGCGGAGAGCUCAUAGGAUCCUCAGCUGCAGGACAGACCCGAGAAAACGUGCUGAAGCACUACUCGAUACCAAGGAGUUUUCUUGUCCUGCUACUUCAUAUGGAAUCAGUACAGAGGCAGCGGCACGCAGAAAAUUUGAGGCAGUGCAUGGAGUCUCCGUGCAGUGCUUUGGGCUUGUUGUUGCAUCGGACGACCCCUGGUUGGCAAACUCUCCUGAUGGUGUGUUCAGGUCACCUGAUGGUAUGGUUCACCUGCUGGAAAUCAAAUGCCCCAAGAGCCGCGAGCAAAAGAAGGUGUCGGAGCUCCCACUCCUAAGUUACCUGUGUACAGAUGAGAAUGGACUGCACCUUCGAAAGACACACACAUAUUACACUCAGGUUCAGAUUAACUUGCACGUAUUGGAUUUGAAAACAUGUAGCUUUUUCAUUUACACAAAAGUGGACUUUGAAACAAUAGAAGUUGUGAGAGACAAUAACUUUCUGAGUGCAGCAGUACCAAGACUCCGAAUAUUUUAUUUCGAACAUCUCCUCCCAUCUACACUUCGUGCAGAACUCAGAAGGAGAAACAAGAUGUGCUCUUGUAGACCACCGUGUGUGGACAUGUAACUCUAAAUAAAAGGAAACACUGCUGUAGAAUA